CAGUUUUAGCUGAGCUGCUUUAUGAGAAGGAGUCUAAUUUCGCGUUGAUAAUAUAAAUUAAAAUGAAUUUGAAACUUUUAUCAUUUCUCUUAAUACUUGUGCAUAAUUGUUUUACUUUUGAUUUGCAAUGCGCCAAUGAUAAGGCUAUCGAAAAUCAGUGCUCUCUGUAUUGUUACCAGGCAGUGAAGCCUCUGCUUCAAUUCGUAACUGGGGCACAAGAAAAAGAACUCGAGUUCUUCAAAUUAACAGAAACAAUUCGUAAAUUGAACGAAGAUAAAGCUGCACUGGCAAUACAACUUGAAAACAAAAAUAAGGAAUUAGAAUUGCAUCGUGAAUCAUUGAUAUCAUGUAAACUAAAUAUGGAAAAUGUAAAGGCUACUCAGUGCACUGAUGCAACCCAAAAGUUUGAUCUCAGAAAUGGAAAUACAUAUUCUGUAAAGAUUCAAGAAAACAAUUCAAAUAUGUCUAGUUGUUUAGAUAAGAAAGCGGGAAUUCACGAGAUGACAGUUUCCUAUGUUCAGACAUUCCCAGUGUAUUGCGACUCAGAAUUGAUCGGUUCUGGAUGGACAGUUAUUCAGAGGCGCAAGGAUGCUAGCGAAAGCUUUAAUCGAGGCUGGACUGACUAUCGCAGGGGUUUCGGAAAUCUAGAGAACAAUUUCUUUAUUGGACUCGAAAAGCUUUAUCUAUUAACCAAUCAGAAGCCCCAUGAACUUUAUAUAUAUUUGCAGAGCUCGGAUAAUGAAGUUCGACAUGUUCAAUAUUCGCUGUUCAAAAUUGCUGAUGAAUCUGAGAACUACAAACUAUUGUCGGUUGGAAAUCCUUCGGGAAAUGCUGAAGAUUCCAUGGCCGUUCAUGUUGGUAUGAUGUUCUCAACCUAUGAUCGGGAUAAUGAUAAGUCGAGUGAUAAUUGUGCCUUCGAAUGGAACUCUGGCUGGUGGUUCAGCGCUUGCUACCAUGGCAAUCUUAAUGGGAUUUAUAAGGAUAAUGUGACAAAUCUUGAAAAUGGAAUUAGGUGGAACUCAUGGGACUCUAAAAAGGAAUUCACAUUUGUGCAAAUGAUGAUUAGACCAAUAGUCAAUUGAUUGAUUGACUCUAUUUUAAAAAAAGUCGAUGGUUUUCACUGGCAUUUCAAUGAAUUUUUAUUUAAAUUUUUCUUCUCUUUUGAAUAUUGUUAAUGAUAAUUUUAAUAAUCUACGAUUAAUUUCUUACAAUAUUGUUAAAUCU